GUUCCAAAUCCAACUGAGGUUCAGACUCGCAGUAACUUGUCUAAUUUCUGCGUUUCUGCUAAAACCUUAACAACAGUGUUUUUUUAAGCUUAAGUUUUUGAUACAGUUCUGAUUGGGUAACCAUGGCCAUGGAGAAAAUAUCACGCAAAGACAAGCGAAAAGAAGGAAGGAAAUCAAAUAAACAGCAAAAACAUCAGUCUUGGCUUCAACAUCAGCAAUCACAAAAAACUAGGAAAGCUCAACUAGCUAGUACAACAAAUAAGAAAUCGAAGCCUAAAUCUAUAAACAAGUCGAGAAAUUCUUCUCCUCUAGUUCAGACUUCGGAGAAAAAGAAUAAGAAUGUUGUAGUGAGACCGGAAGUUAAGUCGAAGAUGGUGAAAGAAAGGAAGGGUGUGAAGAGGGCUCGUGCAAAAACGAAGUUUGAAGAGUUUCUUGAAAUGGAUAUGAAGAAUUCAGAUCCUUACGCAGAGGAGGAUUUGGAAAUGGAAAGGAGACUAGCUAAGAAACUUAAGGGGAAGGAUGGAAAAUUGGAGGGGAUGGAUGAAGAUAUGAAUUCGUUAUUAGAUGGGAUUUUUUCUAUGCAUAAUUCUUCUGAAAAUGUCCAAGCGUCUCCUGAAUCUAGGAAACAUAAAAAGCUAAAGGCGUCGGAUGAAUUUUCGGGGGAUGAAAUGGACUCUGAUCUUAUGGAUGGACUAUCUGAGCUAGAGGAUACCUCUGAUACAGAUAUAGAACAGGAAGAAUAUGCAGACGGUAUGAGUUCACAUAAGAAAAGCAAAAAACACAAGUCCAAGCAAAAGCAAGAAGGGGAUGUGGCAGGAGAUACAACUGACAAUGAUAUUGUGGGUGAAGAUUUUGAUGUAGAGGGAACUAAUGUUGCACUGUCGGAAGAAGAAGAAGAAGAAGAAGAAGGUGCCACCAAAACAGCAUCCUGGAAGAGACGUCAAAGGAGAAAGAAGUCGAAGCUGAGGCAAGAAGGUGAUAUAGUAGGAGAAACAAAUGUUUAUGCAUCUAAGCCAGCAAAAGUCCACAAGGCUGAGGGGGCAUUACAGAAAACUCCUACAGAUGUACCUGCAAUAGCAAGUAGUCUCAAGUAUGUACCUCCUGGCUUGAGAUCUCUUGCUGGGAAGGAGUCUGAGGAGCAGAGUCAGAUUCGUAGAAGGGUUCGUGGUCUUCUGAAUAGGUUGUCCGAAACCAAUGUGGAGGCGGUUACAGCAGAAAUGGCUACCGUCUUUUGUUCUGCUAGUCGCAGUGUCAGUUCUCAAAUUAUCACUGAUGAGGUGUUGGCAGCUUGUUCCAGAGGACCUCGCGGAAACGAACAGUAUGCUGCUGUUUUUGCAGCUUUUGUUGCUGGCAUGGCUUGUUCUGUUGGGAUUGAUUUCAGCGCAAAGCUUUUGGCUUCACUUGCCAAGUCAUUUGAGGAUGAGUAUCACAAAGAAGACAAUAUGUCCUUGCGAAAUCUCACUCUUCUACUAUCAUUUUUAUGUACAUUUGGAGUUUGUUACAGUGAUUUGAUUUACGACUUUCUGGACAUGUUGAGCAAGCGGUUGGAAGAGAUUGAUGUCUCUACUAUCCUGACAGUUUUGCAAUGCUGUGGCAUGAAAAUAAGGAGCGAUGAUCCUACUGCCAUGAAAAACUUUAUUCAGUGUGUCCAAAGCAGGGUGAAUGAGCUGAAGGCCUCUUCAGAGGAAGACCAUGAAAAAUUAAUUGGCAAAAGAAUGGAAUUUAUGCUAGAAACCAUAUGUGAUAUUAAAAACAACAAAAAGAGGCAUAAAGAAGACGUUGCACAACAUACACGGAUCAAAAAAUGGUUACAAAAGCUAAAUGUUGAAGAGAUUCUUAUCAAAGGGCUUAAAUGGAGCAAACUGGUUGAUCCUGGCAAGAAGGGCCAAUGGUGGUUGUCUGGCAAUACUGCCGCUAAAACUGAUGAUAUCGACGAGGUAGCCAAUACAAUUGACAAAGAGGUUCUGGAAGCACAAAAGAUGCUGCAGCUUGCUGCUUCUCAGAGGAUGAAUACUGAUGCCAGAAAGGCCAUAUUUUGUAUAGUAAUGAGCGGAGAGGACUACAUUGAUGCAUUUGAGAAGCUUUUACGGUUGGAUUUGCCCGGAAAGCAGGACAGAGAGAUUAUGCGAGUUGUCGUAGAAUGUUGCUUGCAAGAGAAGGUGUUUAAUAAAUAUUACACGGCUCUCGCUUCCAAGUUGUGUGAGCACGACAAAAACCACAAGUAUACGUUACAGUAUUGUCUAUGGGACCAUUUCAAAGAGCUCGAGUCGACCCAGCUCUUAAGAUCUAUGCAUCUAGCAAAAUUUGUAGCAGAGAUGGUUACCUCGUUCUCGCUCUCCCUGUCGGCUUUGAAGAGUGCGGAACUGGGUGAUGCUGCGCAGCUAACACCAAAAAGGAUCAUGCAUUUCCGAAUGAUAUUCGAGUCCCUAUUCGAAUAUCCUGAUAAGCUUGUGUGGAAUGCAUUUACACGUGUAGCUAUCAAUCCGGAGCUAGAAAGCCUCCGCGAUGACAUUGAGUUCUUCAUCAGAGAGUAUGUUGUGAAAACUAACAAAGCCCUCGCUAACAAACUCAAGCUUGCCAAGAAAGCCCUUAACAAUACCGAAGGGGUCCUCAUGUGAAUGUUGGAUUUUGCCAUGCUGUUAGAUACGGAACUGAGCGUCUUCUGAGCUCAAAUUUUAUUCAUGCUUUUGUUUUCGCAGCAAAGGCCUAAAUUUUGUACUUUGUUUUAUUUAAUACUCUCUGUGUUCCAAAGUGAUUAGCCAUUUAAACAUGCAAGGUAAUUAAGAAAAGAAAUUAGUUGAGUUGGUUAAACUUUGUAAUUUUAUCUACUUUUUCAAUUUUAUGCUUUUAUA